AUGAACGCGUCGCAGCAUUUUCCCUUCUCCUCCAACGGGACGGCCGAGUCUGUGGUCAUCUCCGUGGCUUUCGCGGUGAUUUUCGUGGCGGGCACGGUGGGCAACAGUCUCGUGCUGGCUGUGGUGCUGCGCGGGGGGCGCGCGAGCGCUAAGAGCACCAACGUGUUCAUCGUGAACCUGUGCGCGGCGGACCUGUGCUUCAUCCUGCUCUGCGUGCCCUUCCAGGCUGCGGUCUACACUCUGGACGAGUGGCUGUUCGGCCCGCUGACCUGCAGAGCCGUGCACUUCGCCGUCUACCUCACCAUGCACGCGAGCGCGCUCACGCUCACCGCCGUGUCGCUGGACAGAUAUUUGGCCAUUCGAUAUCCGUUGCGUGCCAGAGAAACGCGAACCCCCCGUAAUGCUCUGAUCUGUAUUGGCGUGGUAUGGGCCGUCUCCCUGGUGCUGUCCGGCCCUUACCUCAGCUACUACCAGCAGAUGGACCUGGACGGCACCACCGUCUGCAUCCCAGCCUGGGACUUCAAGCACCGCCGAGCCAUGGACAUCUGCACGUUCGUGUUUGGCUAUCUGAUCCCCGUCCUAGUCCUCAGCCUGACCUAUGCGCGGACCAUCCGCUACCUGUGGACCAGCGUGGACCCCAUGCAGGACAUGUCAGAGUGCCGGAGGGCCAAGCGCAAGGUCACCAAAAUGAUCAUCAUCGUAGCGGCGCUGUUCUGCUUGUGCUGGUUGCCCCAUCACCUGGUCAUCCUGUGUAUGUGGUUUGGCCACUUUCCACUCAACCACACCACCUACGUCCUGCGGAUUCUUUCGCAUCUGGUGGCUUACACCAACUCCUGCCUCAACCCCAUAGUGUACGCGCUAGUGUCCAAGCACUUCCGCAAGGGCUUCCGGAAGCUGUUUGACUGCAUGGGGCAGAAGCGGCCUGUGAAGCGGGUCCACGCGGCCCCGCCGGCACAGACGGUCAGUCUGGUGGAGGUCGGCUCAAGCGAAGGCUCGAAUCAGAGCGAUGGAUUGGCCAGGCCUCGUCUGUGGAGCAAGGGCGGCAAGAAGAUGAUGACCAGCGCCUUCAUGACCUUCAACGUUACUUAG